UUGUAAUAUCUGUCACAAAAUACAAGCGAUAUCGUCAAAAAUAUAACAAUAACAUCAAUUUGACUUGAGAAUUUAUGCAUUCAUCAUGACGACUGUAUCCUUUAGGACUGUUUUAUUGGAGUGAAUGGACUGUGAGAUGUUGGUGAAUUGAGAUUUUAGACUGAACGAGCUGGGUGAAAUACCCGGUUUAUUUUUCAUUUCCCACCUGUUCUACAGCACACGACGAACGAGGAUCGUACGGGGGCCAUAGCGCCACAGACAGGCCGUGUUGUGAACGGAAACGUUGUGUGCGGGGAUUGCCCGUUUAUGUGAUUGGAGCCGUCCAUGUGAUGUACAGCAAGCGUUUUCAAGAUGUAUGAGAUAAAUACCGCAAAUGUGCGGUCAUCAACAGAAAUGGAGAAUCCCAAAUUUGACUUGGGCCCACGAAAAUCAAACAACAACCAUCCGUCGGUCAGCAUUAGUAAAGAGGACAUAGCGUCCGUCAUUAAGCUCAAACCUCCAGCCAAGAAAACAUGGGAACCAGACGUGAAGACGAUGAUCUCAACAAAGAAGUGGCUCAGCACCUACGGGUUGAAGAAGAACCGCUUGACGAUGGAUCAGAUCUUGGCUACCAUUGGUUUCAAACACAGUGAUGAUUAUGACAGAGCUUUGAAGAAACCAGUGUGUUCAAGAUACGGUGAAGGACUGUUCACAAGAUAUCCCACAAGAAAUGGAAAAGUUUACAAUGUCAAUGUAAAAGUCGGAAAGGAGAAAAUCAAGCAACUCGAGAACAGUCUUCUAGCGGCCAUCAAUCUGUACAAACGUCGUAUUGAAUGGUUGACUAGUGAAGCUCGGAGACUGUUUGGUGUCAUUGAGGACCACUGUGUGACCAUAGUACUAGACAUUAAGACAACUUCUCCGAUGUUAUUUGACCAUUGUCGUAACGCUAUCAUCAGGGUACUAGAUGAGCAGGUGUCUCAGAUUGCCAAGUUUAACUUGAUCAGGGCUGCACAAGACAUGGUGAUGUUCCAACCUCACGCCGUACCAGUGUCUAGAGACAGUCUACAGAAUGCAAUGGACUGGUUACGAAACCUAGACAGUGUAGCAGCUACCACAAAGACCAGCGCAUGUGAAGGUGUCAGAAAAGCAUUUGAAGAUAAAAAUAUAGAGGCAGUAUACCUGUUCUCUGAAGGAACUUCAGCUAACUGUAAUAUGGAAUUGAUGCUACAGAAAGUCAGAGAUGCGCCGAUCCCAAUAAACGUUGUUGCUUUCAAUAACACCGAUUCCACAACCAUUAAAUUCCUGAAAGAUGUAUCACGGCUGACUGGUGGGAGGUUCCAUGCGUUUGCGUUCAACAAGCUUGAUUCGGACGUCAGUGGUACAAGUGGCUUCUCCAUGGACAAUAAAAUCUUGAUGGGUGGCGUACCCCCAGGGGCGGGCGCCAGGGAAGACGUGGUGGCCAUGUUUACUGAACUUGAAGAUGCUCGGCACGUUCUGUCCGAUGUUCAAGUGCUGUUGGAUAACGCUAUGCCUGAUGGAAAAGUAGAUACCGCUCGCCAAUCCAUACAGAAUGGCGAAGUAGCAGAAACUGGAGAGCGCAGUGAGCAGUACAUGAGCUCAAAGGAGUGGAUAUACAAGCAUGGAUUGAGAUCUCGUAAGCUGGAUUUGUACGAUGCGCUAAGCGUCUGUGCCUUCAAGCAUUGUGAUGGAGUUGUGGAUGUGAAGAGACCACCUGAUGAUGAGUAUACUGAUGCGGCAUCAAGGAACAAGUUGGUGAACGCAAAGUAUUGUGAUAAGUUCUGCCAUGUUAACUGGAAGGACGGAUCCCUGAAGCAUGUUCACGUCACUGCGGAUAUCCAUCGUAAUUAUGAGAGGAAAAUGAACGUAGCUCUACAAGAUUUUCAGAGAAGAGUGGACUGGCUGCAACAAGGCAGUAGAGAAUUAUUUGGAACCAUUAUCGAGAAUGAAGUCUAUAUUCUGAUUGAUACGUCAAACUCUAUGGAGAAUCAUCUGGGACUCGUUAAAGAGAAACUUUUCAAACUGAUGCAGGAACAACUUCGUCAUAAGUCCCGGUUCAACCUGGUUAAGUUCGGAAGUCGUAGUACAUCGUGGAGAGACCGUAUGGUGGAAGUGACUGAGAAUAGCCUACAGAGUGCAUGGCAAUGGGUCCGAAACCUGACCAUUAGUGGAUCCACUAAUACAUUAGCUGCUCUCAAGGCUGCAUUGGGUGAUGUCAACACACAGGCUGUGUAUCUGCUGACUGAUGGUAGACCGGAUCAUCCACCAAAAACCAUCCUAGCCCAAGUGCAGUUACAGAAAGCCAUUCCAAUUCACACCAUCUCAUUCAACUGUAACGACCGCGAGGCCAAUGACUUUCUCGCGCAUCUUGCGUCAGACUCCGGAGGGCGCUAUCACUACUACUCUGACGAUCUCUUAGGGGUGUCAACGGAGUCUGCGGGCCCUCAGCCGUACGAGAGUGAAGAUGUGAGGUUACUGAAGGAAGAGAUGAAGAAAGGGCAGGAUGAUAUUAAGAAGUUGGCCGACCUCAGGGCUCAGUGUGCCCUGCUGGACUGGGGGAACUCUAGGAGUGGCGAUAUUGGAUGUGGACGUGAUCACGGAAUCAGUAAGCGUCCUUCAUCAGCAGCAGGUCUACGUUCUGCCUCUCAGAUCUUAAGCCGUGAUUCGGUAAGCCCCGCCCCACCACGUAACACCAGACCAAUGAGUGCCCACGCAUUCCACACCCCGUCUGUGCGACGCCCGAUGUCAUCACUGAGUAUGAGUUCAACUACUCAUGAGAGGUGCAAACCAAGGUCUAGGACAUCUACCUAUCCACCACGUCCAGUCUCGGCAAACUCCAGGAAAAAUAAACCCAAUGUAACAUAUCACAAUAAGACAAGUUGGUUAAGAUUGAAAGGAAGUCUGGAUGGAUGGGUCGUCCCAGAGACGAGGAGUAUGCUUCAAAAACAGCAACAGAGGUUCAAUAUGGCACUUAAUGGUAUGGAAAAAGAGUCGCAGAGGACAAAAUCACCCAAAAAGAAGAAGAUUGUUGAUCCCAAGACGCUGUCAUCAAAGCGUUGGUUACAGAAACAUGGUCUGAAAGCUCGUAAACUGACUAUCUAUGAUGCCCUUGGCAAGACUGCCGUCAAACAACGCUCCAAGUAUGUCCCAAUCCUAGACAAGCACGUCAUCUCACAAGUCUUCAAUGAUAUUCUACCCUUAGCCCACGUAACAGACAACAGACAAGAGAUCAGUCUAGUCAAUCCUACUGGUAUCGAUCUACAGUCCUACGAUGAGAAACUGCAAGAGGCUAUACAGAAAUACACAAGAAGACUUAAUAGGAUCGUAUGGGAAGCUUUAACACCAGAGGAACAGGAGCAAUUUGACUCUCAUGGACCAAUCUCCUUCCUUGACAAUCGUAAAGACUGCUUGGACGUGUUGGACAGGCUCGGUUGGCCGAUCUCUCAAAAGGACAUUAUCCUCCUGGAGGACGAGAUCGAGACGGGCAACAGAUACCUGAGACACAGUCAUGCCAUCCAAAGAGCAGUCCGUCAGAAGAUAUCAGAAUCUGGAGCAUCUACUGCGAGGAGUCUUGGGGAUGAGGAACCAACCCCAAGGAAGGAAUACAUCAAGCCAUCCAGACGCAAGGUGUCCUACGAGGAAACGUCGGAGCGGAGUAAGAGUGAGCGGAGUGAAGAUGAAGAUGAUGAUAGUAGGAGGUCGGAAGAUGGAGGAGAGUCUAGUGGGAAUGAGGAGGAGGAGGAUGAGGAGGAGGAGCUGAGGAAUGUACGAGAAGACACUGAUGAAGAUGGAGACGAUUACUCCAGUGAUCACGAGAUCAUAAAACCUAAAGUGGUCGUGAAAGGUGGAUCAAGCACAAAGGCAAAACAGAAGCACAAAUCACCAACGAGAACGACAUCGUCGAAGAUUGGGCAACAAUUCAAAGUUAGACUAGCUGUCAGAUCAAAGGUCAUCGCCAGAAGUAGCGUGAAUGGGCUAUUUUACCCAGGUACAGUCGUAAAGACAACAGAUGCCCGCCAUGUUGAGAUCCGCUUCUCAUCUGAUAAUAGUAAAGAAGUCAUCCCAAGUCGUUUUGUAAUUGAGACUCAGGGUGCCAGACCGUCUCCUCUGUUGAGGACUGGUGACUUUGUCUUGGUGUGUUGCGUUGCUGCUGGCCAUGAGGUCUGGAUGCCCGGUAUCCUCCAAUUUGGACCCAAAGAUGAAAGCAGACAAGCCAAAUACUACACAGUUAUAACUUAUGAUCAUAGAACGAUGAAUGUUCCAAGGAAAGGGUUACUGAAGAUUGCUAAUGCUCGUUAUAACUUCAUGGUGCGUUAUAUCUGGUCACUACGCAAAUCAGCAAGAGUUCCUAGUGCAGUCUGGUUGGUGUCUGGUAAAAAUGAAGACACAGAGCAGGUCAUCGAGGACCUGGAAGAUGAUUCUAGUUUACAACUCUCCUUGCUGCAAAGGGCUCCCUCUUGUGAGCAGGAAGCACAGACUUGUGUACCGGACACCGUUAGCACAGAAGUGCAAGCCGACGACACGGCCCCAGAAGAUCUUGGUGAGAAGUUGAGCUCUCUACAAGAACAGAUUGCUCACCAUCACGAUGAGCAUCUUAAGACACAACAGGGAUUACGAGAGGAACUUAAAGAGAGUUUCCAUCAGCAGAAGCUUCUCGACGAACAUCAAAACGAGCUCUUGAAGAAACACGACGAUCUCCUCACCAAGCACACUGAGCUCCAACGAGAGCAUGAUGAAGUGUCAAGAAAGCACGGUAAACUACAGAAGAAACACGCUAAGCUCAAAGGCAAGCACGGACAGCUGAAAGAUGAUCACGGAACCUUGGAGAGUCAACGGAAAGAACUGGAUGAGAGAUUGCAUGAUGUUUCAAGUAAACACGGAACCUUAGAAAGUGAAUUUGAUACACUGAAAGUGAAACAAGAUGAUCUGGAAAAACAGCUUGAAGAAAAGAUGAGACAAGAGGAAUUGGGGAAACUUCAAGAUCAGACUGAAGUGGAUGGCACAGUACAAGAUGGAGACAGUGUUGAAAAUGAAGAUGCCCAAGACAUAGAGGAGGAUGUGGUGGAACGCGAGGAGGAAAUCGUCUCGGAAGAAGCAGACGACGAUGAUAAACUAGAUAACGACGAGGGCAGUCUUAAGGAGGAUGAAGAGGAGAUUGAAGAGGAUGAAGUUAAUCUUGGGAGGAGAAUUGAUAUAGGAGAUGAAGUCAUCGCUCAGUCACCGGAGGAUGGUUGGUUUUAUAGAGGUACUGUUGAAUCGAAGAGCGAGGAUUCUGAAUACUACGUAGCGGAUAGUAACAACACUCUACAGAAGGUUUCCAAUAAAUAUAUCUUGACUGACAAAGACGAUGGGAACAGAGCCAUAAAGGCUGGUAACAAUGUCAUCGCUCUUCACCCCAGUCAACCCUACCGUUACGGCCCAGCCACCGUCUCCAAGAAUCUUCAAGAUCUAUGGUGCCAGGUAGAAUUCUAUGAUGAGGAGGUUGCAGAUAUACCGAGGGAGGAGAUGUACUUCAUUACCCCAGAGUGUCAUGCGGAGGUGAAGGAAGCCAUCUUAGUGGGAGAGGAUCGAUGGGUGGGGCAUGCUGCCGUUACCCGCAAUGAUAACGAUGGGGUCUAUUACUUAGCCACUAUUAAGAGUCGCAUCAGCCAAGGGCGUUACUUCGUUGUAGAGUGGCCAGAUGACAGAGUAAGUCAACAGCACUGUAAACACAUCUUUGGAGCUUUCUCAAGACGUCAACGUUUUGCUCUUGGAGACCACGUCUUGGCAAUGGCAAGCGUCGCUAAAAUGACUUACCUUCCGGGAAAGAUCAGUGGAGUCGACAGCAAUCGUUUGGUGGUAGAGUUCUCUGAUGGAACAAGCUCGAACGACGUGGACCCCGUUCAAUGCUUCUGGUUGUCUGAAGUCUACUACGAAAGCAGCCGGCUCUAUCACAUUCAGAAAAAUCCAGAGUUAGCACCCGUCCAACCACAGAUGCUACAACCAGUACCCCCAAGAUCAAGACCAACAUCAGGAUCUAGCUCUGGCUCAAGGUCAUCCUUGGGGUCAAAGGUUAAGAAAAGGUCAAGUUCGCCAUCAGCAAGUGUUUCGAGCAGAGCAUCAAGCAAGGUAAAGUCGGUCUUUUCGGAUGAUGACGGGUGGUAGUGUCCUUCUAAGUGGUCUUUCAAUCACAGCGUGCCUGCAAGGUAACAUUCCGAGUUCUUAAAAAGAGGCUCCAAGGUCAAAUUCAGUUUGGUGAUGCACUUCUCAUUGUAGAAGGGAAACAUACAAGUCUCUAACCUCAAGUAAAAACAGUAAAAUGUCAUUUUAUUUGAUACUCGUGUAAAGAGAAAUUUGUUAUGGAACGCCACAAAGAGUCUGUACAUUGAAGACACAAUUUGUGUAAGGUUAAAAUCACUUCUGUAUUGAAUGAGUAUCGUCACAAUUCAGGAACGUAGGCCUACUAUGAAGUAGGCCUAUUCUUUACAAAUUGACAGACCAUAAAAUAUUUGAAAUGUGACAUCAUCAAAUGUUUUAUUGAUAUUGACGUGGCGAUUUACACCAUUUUAUCAUAAAGUAAGAGACUUCAAUUUUGUUUUCAUCUUCAUAAAGACUCUCUCUGUUGUGGAAUAAUUGGAUCACAAAACUGAAUACGACAUAGGGAUUGGCUAGAAACCAGUGGUCUAUAAGGGCAAUGUCACACGAGGCAAUUUACAAGCAAACAAGAAGAAAAGGCAGUCACAUUUUGAACUUUCAAAGCUUGAAAAACAACACUCAUGUGCUACCAAAGUUGUCCCAUAGCACCCACUGCAGUUGGUUACCUUCAAGUUGCCUGCACAAAUUGCCUUGUGUGACACAGCCGUAAUUCUUUAUUUUUAUAUUUUUUUUUUAUCAUGAUAUGAUCUUUAAAGAAAUCUUUGGUUUGUUUUCCCGUCUGAUGUGCUAGGCAUUAUUUUAAGUACCAAUAAACAGGGUAUAUUAAUUCAGUCUUGGAUGAUUCAGAACAUUCUAUUUUUGUGGAUCUUUGGCAACAUAGACUGAGAAAUUUUCAAAGGAAACCUUUUGUGACUUAGAAAAUAGAAAAUACUUUUGUUUGAACAGCAAAAAAAAGAAAGAAGGCUUGCCAAGUACUAUUUGCUACUUAAUUGGCAACCUGUAGAUGCCAGUUAGGCUUGUAACGAUUGUUUUGAGUGAAAUUGAAGAUGCAGCUUUCUAGAUUACAAUGAUUGAUUCAGACGAUUUGUGUAACCGUGAAGUGUCAAUUCCACAGACUGUAAUAAGAGUUCUGGGAGAAAAUUAGGUUCAAUAUUUAUGGAAUGUUCACACAAUAUAUCUUUAGUAAUGAUUAGAAUGUGUAGGUAAGGAAACUCGAUAUCUGUGGCUGACAGAUCGAUCUUCAUUAGCAAGCUGGAAGGAAACUCUGAUUAGGAAUAAAUUUAAAAAGGAAUGAAACUGAAUCUUGAAAUGUGUCUCAAUGGUUGAUGAGCUUAUAAUGCAAUAAGUCCACACAGCUACCAAACACUUUUUUCAGUGUCAACUUUAUGCAAUGUGUAUAUAUAUAUAUAAAGAAAAUUAAUUUUUCAUCUGUUACAUGUGUAAAAUAUUGAUCUAAGGCCAUGUCUGAACUAACGGCUGUGGCUACGUCUGGAUUGCUGCAUGCAUUGUGGUGUAGGACGCCUAAGCAACAGCCGCGAGCCAAGUUAGUUUUUCUAAUGACUCUUCUUACAAUUGAUGGCAGUAAAAACUUUUUGGUUAGAAGACUACACCAGCUUUUGAUAGUAUAAAGCAUUUUCACUUUGAAGUUUUUUGGUUGCGUAAAAAGUAAAUAUUAGUUUUCAAGCCCCAAAAUUUGAAUCUAAGAAGCCUUACCGCCAUAAUGCUACAAAGAUUGUGAACUCCUGUUACGAGUAGAUCUUGUGUCAUUCCCCUCCCCAACCCAAUAUCAUGUUUGUGGUGAUAGAUUGUAAAUAUUUAUUCAGUACUUGAUGUGUAAAGUUUGUAUGAUAGAAUUGAUGACAGUUUUGAAUUGCGAUAUUUUGAGAAGGUGUAACUUUUGUAUAUUAAUGUGAAAAAGGGCUUUCAUGUUAACUUAAAAGAAAAUGAGUUUGAUGUAUAGAAUGUCUUGACGAUUAGGUUAAUAGUUUUGCAUGCAUCAAGAUGCAACUUGUUGUCUUGUAGAAAGGAUGGAAUUUGAGAGAGUAUUUCCAAAGCACGGCGAUGGAUUUUAAAAAAUCAAUUCCUCCAGAUAACUGGGAAUGUAUGAUUUAAGUAGUGAACAGAGACGUGCUUUAUGACGAUUGAAUAAUAUACAUCUUUGAGGGCUUUCAGACACCAAGCACUGUCCCAAGUGAGGUGACAUUUUAGAGUCAAGAUUUAAAUUUGACUUGCAGCUCCCACGUCCUGAUCGGUAUAUCUCAUGAUAAUGUCAUGUUGCAAGUCUCGUCCUUCUAGUGUAGAGUUGCAUAUUAAAGGCACUGGACACUAUUGGUUAUAAAUCAAAAUAAUUUUUAGCACAAAAACUGAGUUGGUUGCGAGCA